AUGCAUUCACGGUCGAUGUUGGAGGCUGGUCCUGAUCAACCCGCUAGAGAAAUUGGAGUCCAUUUCCUGCGACAGGAGUGUUCCACGUUCAACUACGACAAUCCGGACGUCCUCUAUCGGCAAUUUAGGAGGGAGGUGAAUAGGAUAGGCGGACGAGAUGCUAGAGCGUAUUGGACUAAAGGUGAAAACGAGGUCAAAAUCAAUGAUGCAGAGACGCUGUUUAGUGUCGUUCAAGGAAGGUCCACCGUGAGAAUCAGGAUCCAGGCACGCCGCAGCAGGAGAGAUCCACACUUGAAUGGUGAUAGAUCGAGCCGUGGUGUGAGUAGCGAAGACCGCGUCGGUUUCGCCGGCCCUCGCCACUCUAACGGUGGAUCCUCUACGAUGGAAGGAUGGCGGUGUUUGUAUUGUGGACAUGUGCGUUACAUUGGUGGCGGUGAUCCGCCGCCCACUGGCUAUAAUGGCUUAGUGCCGCCCGAGUUCGAGUGGAACGGACUCCGUUCGCUGCCUGUGGGCCCUCUGUUGGAGCAGAAUCAGGCGAGUGAUAGAGCCAGCCGUUGUCGGAUCCUGUGGCGCUUUGUGCCUGUUCCUUACUUUGAAGAUGUGGACAUGUCGCGCCCGCCCAAUGGAGAUCACUAA